CCGCCCCCGCCUCCCCCCCUCCCGGCCACCGAGCGGCGCGGCGGGGCCUCCCCGGCUGCCGGCACGGCGCUAGGCUCCCGCCGCCCACCGGCGGGCAGCGCUGCCCCCUCGGCGGCCGCCAGGAAGCGGCCGGGCCGCCGUGCAGCCGCCUGCCGCCGGGCAUGAGCUCCGGCUCCCCCGGCGGCCGCAGCGGUGCCGGUGGCAGCGGGCGGUGGAGGAGGCGGUGGCGGAGGAGGGGGGGGUGCCCGGGAACGGCGACCUUCGCAGGGGGCCGCCACGGCGGGAGAUGCUCUUGCUCCCAACGGCGCCAGGAGCAGCAUGUUCCCCGGUGCCGACAGCGCUAGUAGCACGGCCGGGCAGCCCGAGGUGGCGGGGGCCGCCGCCGCCCCCGGCCCGCUGGGGUCGCACGGCCCCAGCGGCGAGGCCGGACGCCGCAGCGCCCCGGCGGCCGCCGCUGUGGCUGGCGGCGGCGGCGAGGAGGAGGCGGCGGAAGACGAGGAGGACGAGGAUCCCGGCUCGUCCCGCUUCGUGCUGGCGGCGGGGUUGGGGCUGCUGGCCGUGUCCGUCGUCCGCCUGGGGCAGGAGCGGGCCGAGGCGGGGGGCGGCGGGCCGCCGUGCCUGGCCCUGCUGCUGCUCCGCCUCGCCCUCUACGCGGGCUGCGCCGCCGCCGCCGCCGCGCUGGGCACCCUGAUCGUCCUGCUGUGUCGCGGCCGCCGCCUGCCGCCGCCGGACUUCGCCGCCGCAGCUCCGGCCCUGCGGGUCGCAGGGAGUAAUUGGUCUGGAAGCUCCCCUGAUCCAGUCCAAUCAAGGAGAGUGGUCAUUUCUCACAACAUGGAUAAAGCACUGAAAGAAGUGUUUGACUACAGCUACAGAGAUUACAUCCUGUCCUGGUAUGGGCAACUCAGCAGAGAUGAAGGGCAGCUGUACCAGCUGCUAUCUGAAGAUUUCUGGGAGAUUGCCAAGCAGCUGCGACAGAGGCUGAGUCAUAUUGAUGUAGUUAAAGUUGUCUGCAACGAUGUAGUGAAAGCUUUACUCUUGCAUUUCUGUGACCUUAAAGGAGCCAAUGCCAGGCAGGAAGAUCCACCGAGACCUUUUUUGCUACACCCAUGCUUGAGGAGCUCUGAUGAAGAAGUAAGAUUCCUGCAAAAAUGUUCUCAAAUUCUGGUGUAUUGUCUCCUACCCUCAAAGGAUGUCCAGUCUGUCAGCUUGCGCAUAGUCCUUGCAGAAAUACUUGCAACAAAAGUACUGAAACCAGUGGUGGAACUGCUGAGUGAUCCGGAUUAUAUUAACCGAAUGCUACUCAGCCAGCUGGAGUACAGAGAACAGAUGAAUGAGCAUCAGAAGAAAGACUACACAUAUGCUCCUUCGUAUGAGGAGUUCAUCAAGCUCAUUAACAGCAGCUCCGAUGUUGAGUUCCUGAAACAGCUGAGGUAUCAGAUUGUAGUGGAAAUAGUUCAGGCAACCACGAUCAGCAAUAUUCCCCAAGUGAAGAGGCAGAAAGAUUCAAAAGGAAAAGAAACUGCGGCAAUGAAAGCUGACCUACUGAGGGCUCGCAAUGUGAAGAGGUAUAUUAAUCAGCUGACAGUGGCAAAGAAGCAAUGUGAGAAGAGAAUAAGGCUCCUGGGAGGGCCUGCUUAUGAUCAGCAGGAAGAUGGCAUUUCUGAUGAAGGCGAUGGCCCUCAGAGUCAGAAGAUUCUUCAGUUUGAAGAAAUUUUGGCCAACCCUUCAUACCGAGAGCACUUCCGAAUCUACAUGGAAAGGAUGGACAAGAUGGCUUUGAUUGGUCUUUGGGAGUCUGUGGAGUAUCUGAAGAAUGCUAACAAGGCUGAAAUACCUCAACUGGUGAGUGAAAUUUAUCAGAAUUUUUUUGUGGAAAGCAGAGAAAUACCUGUGGAAAAAUCCCUUUAUAAAGAAAUACAGCAAAGUCUCGUGGGAAAUAAAGGCAUUGAAGUAUUCUACAGAAUUCAGGCAGAUGUUUACGAAACUCUAAAGGACAGAUAUUACCCCUCAUUCAUUGUCAGUGAUUUAUAUGAGAGAUCAGUCAAGAAGGAAGAAGAAAGAAGUUCUGCUCAGCCAACUUCUGAGGACAAAGAUGAAGUGAGCCAAGGCUGUGAAGAAGCUACUGAAGAAUGCAGCACAGGAAUUAAUGAACAGGCCAGUUAUGCUGUAAAUAAACUUCGCCAGCUAAAUGACAAGCUUGAGUAUAAGAAGCAGGCUCUAAAUUCCAUAUGUAAUUCACCAAAACCCGACAAAAAGAUUGUUUCUAAGCUAAAAGAUGAAAUUUCUCUGAUGGAGAGAGAGCACAGUGACCUUCAGCUGCACAUUGCAAGAACGGACUGGUGGUGUGAGAAUCUUGGCAUGUGGAAAGCCUUCAUUGUCUCAGGCGAGGUUUUAGAAGAGAAUGGAGAGCAAGUGCCCUGUUACUCUGUCAUGGUGAGUUUACAGGAAGUUGGUGGAGCUGAAACUAAGAACUGGACUGUUCCCAGGAAGCUCAGUGAGUUUCAGAACCUACACCGGAAGCUUAGUGAGUGUUUUCCAUCAUUAAAGAAAGUUCAGUUGCCUUCCCUCAGCAAGCUGCCCUUCAAAUCCAUAGACCAGAAAUUCAUGGAGAAAUCCAAGAACCAGCUUAAUAACUUUCUGCAGAAAUUGCUCUCUGAUGAAACACUCUGCCAGAGUGAAGCACUUUACGCCUUCUUGAGCCCAUCCCCAGAGCACCUCAAAGUUAUUGAUGUGCAAGGAAAGAAGUCAUCUUUUUCACUCUCCUCAUUUCUAGAACGACUUCCUGGUGAUUUGUUUUCUCAUCAAGAGGAAGAAACGGAGGAGGAUAGUGACCUGUCGGACUACGGAGAGGAGGUGGAUGGGAAAAGGGACUCUCUUGCUGAACCAUGUUUCAUGCUGAUCGGAGAGAUUUUUGAGCUGCGAGGAAUGUUCAAGUGGGUUAGAAAAACAUUAAUUGCACUAGUACAAGUCACUUUUGGAAGAACUAUCAACAAGCAAAUCCGUGACACUGUGCACUGGAUGUUCAGUGAACCAAUGCUUGUUUACUACAUUGGUGUGUUUCGGGAUGCUUUUUGGCCGAAUGGAAAGUUGGCGCCACCACCGAAAGCCAGGAGCGAUGAACAAAAGCAAGAGACAAAACAGAGAGCACAGCAAAAACUACUUGAAAACAUUCCAGAUACUCUGCAGAGUCUUGUUGGACAACAAAAUGCCCGUCACGGUGUAGUGAAGGUGUUCAACGCGUUGCAAGAAAGACAGGCUAACAAGCAUCUACUCUAUGUUUUGCUGGAACUGCUGCUAACUGAACUCUGUCCUGAGCUAAGAGCUCACUUAGAGCAGCUUAAUGCCACUUAGGUUUGAAUCUGCACAAUUGGACCACUAGAGAAAUGUCUAUGUCCAAUAAUAGACAUGAAACUUAUUUCCUCUUUUCCAUAGAGGGCUGAGGACUAUGAUUAUUUUUAGCGUUUUUCUUUCCUCUUGAGUUUUUUGUGAGGUAAACAGACUUGAAAAGAUCUGAUGCUGUAGUAGGGUAGACAAAACGAUGCUGUAUAGUUGCCAAUUUUUAUUUAAAUUGUUCUGACUACUUUCUGUUUCAUAUAUAGACUGAAAGAUAAAUGUUCAUAUAAACUGAAAGAAACCAGAUAAUAUUUUAAACAUUUAUGAGAAGAAAUUUUGCUUUAGUGGUAAACUAAUGAAUGUUGUACAGUUCUAAUCUCCUCACAGAGGAUUUGAGCAUUCCUUGUGUAUUGAAAAAGCCUGUCGUGCAAUACUACAUGUAAAGCUAUUGUGGAAAUUUUAUCGAUUUUGUUUUUACCAAAGAUUUCCCGUAGUUUGAAGCAUUUGUAAGCAAUAAAUAACACACCCGGAUUGCAGUACUUGAUAACGAGGCUGUACUGACAACUAAUGAAUGAGUUUGACAGCACUAGUUUCGUAAGGAAUAUUUACGUUACUUUGAAGUCUGUGUCGAAAAUAUGUAUUGUAAACUGGUAUGUCCUAAGAAUGCCUGUGUUAAAUGUUAGCUCAGAGAUUAGUGCUUAUGAAUUGCUUCUAUGAAUGAUUAAGUAGACAAUUAAACCAUUCUAAUAACUUCCCUGAUACUACUCAGGGCUGUUUUAUUCAAAUUACCCCAAUUUCAAACAACCUUCAGAUCCUUCCCUUAUUUUAUACAAGGAAAGAAAACGAUGUCUUCAGUGGCUUUUUUUAAUUUAUGUAAAAUAUGUAAAUAUGGUCUUAACGCACAUCUAAAUAAUUAAACAUCAUCAGAAAUCCC